ACUGGAUUCUGCCGAGGGGAAUCCUGCGGGAAUCUGAGUCAUCAGAACCACCACCAUGACUGUGGGCAAGAGCAGCAAGAUGCUGCAGCACAUCGGCAACAAGAUGAGAUGCAUCCUGCAAGACGGCCGCAUCUUCACUGGCACCUUCAAGGCUUUGGACAAGCACAUGAACUUGAUCCUCUGUGACUGUGAUGAGUUCAGGAAGAUCAAGCCAAAGAACUCCAAGCAAGCGGAAAGAGAAGAGAAGCGAGUCCUCAGUCUAGUGCUGCUUCAGGGGAAGAACCUGGUCUCCAGGACUGUAGACCGACCUCCUCCCAAAGAUACUGGCAUUGUCCGAGUGCCACUUGCUGGAGUUGCCAGGGGCCCAGGGAUUGGCAGAGCAAUCCCAUCCAGUGUCCCAGUGCCCCAGGCUCCUGCGGGACUUGCUGGGCUGGUCCGAGGGGUUAGUGGGCCAUCGCAACAGGUGAUGACCCCGCAAGGGAGAGGCGCGGUGGCUGCCGCCACCGCCACCACAGCCAGUACUGCAGGGGCCCCAACCCAGGGGUAAACACCCGGCCGUGGGGGUGUUUCCCCACCCAUGGGCCAAGGGGCACCCCCUCCAGGGAUGAUGGGCCCCCAGAUGGGGAUCCCUCCUGGACGGGGAACUCCAAUGCGCAUGCACACUCCGGGGAUACAGCCCCCUCCCCCGGGGAUGGGAGGCCUUCUUUGACCCUUGGCCACCCGCAGUA